GACCGACUAAACAACAAGUCGCUGCUGCUGUCUUCUCUCUGAAACGUGUUCUGGAAAAUUGUAGACCUUCUGCUUCGGUUUAAGCGCAAUAUUUUACUUUAUUUUAGCAGUGACAGUUCGCAAGGGAUUCCAAAUAUGGCUGCCGCGUUCUUAAUGCUCGUGUAGAUUAUAUAUCCUGCUUGCAUCGACUGCAGUCAGUAACAGAUAAACUGUUAGCAACUCCCAACAGCAGCUGAGGAAGAUGCCUGCUCGAAAUAUUGUGUCCCAGGAUGUUCCAAACAGCUCGGUUAGGUACUCCAGGUUAGCCACAGACGAUGACGGCUACAUCGAUUUACAGUUCAAAAGGAGCCCACCCAAAGUCCCUUACAAAGCCAUAGCACUCGCCACGGUACUCUUCCUAAUCGGCUCUCUCCUCAUCAUCAUUGGUUCUCUUCUCCUGGCCGGAUACUUUGGAGUCACUCACACAGAUCGAACCGUGCCUGUCCUCAUCAUUGGGAUUCUUGUCUUCCUGCCUGGAUUUUACCACUUACGAAUUGCUUACUAUGCAUCAAAGGGCUACCCGGGCUACUCCUAUGAUGACAUCCCAGACUUUGAUGACUGAACCACACCAAAUGUUCCCUGUUUUUCUUUUAUUAUCUGUACUAAGGACAAAACAGAUGAGAAAAAUUAGGUUUAAUCAGUACUUCAGUGUUUCAUGCAGUUUUUUGUCUAAUUAUUAA